UUGAGACCGGUUUAGACUCUUCGCUUCUUCGUUCACCCGGCUCCACAAUUUCUCAUAUGUAGUCGUGGUUGUUCUCAGCAGACGACAUUCUUGAUUUCAAAACAAGAGAGUUAUCAGAGAUAGGUUAAGAUUGUGUGGUGUGCAGAUUUCUUUAAAAAGAAACAAUAGAUUCCACGAAAAAUGACACCCAAAACAGAUUUGGAAAACAUUAAUCCCAAGUUGUACAAACGCACUGAAGAAAGAGAAGUCACAACAAAGGAGUUAGAUCCUACAAUUUAUGAUCCGUUUGAUGCAAGAGAAAUAUUUGAUCUCAUCCGAGGUAUAAAUGACCCAGAACAUCCUCUCUCUUUGGAAGAGCUGAAUGUUGUUGAGGAACGGCUUGUAGUCGUUGAUGAUGCAAGAAAUACUAUUGAUGUGACUUACACUCCAACGAUUCCUCAUUGCAGUAUGGCUACUCUUAUUGGUCUCUGUAUUAGGGUCCAGUUAUUGAGGACUCUGCCGUCUAGAUUCAAAGUAUCUGUCAAAAUAUCUCCUGGCGCACAUGUUUCUGAGGAGGCUGUCAAUAAGCAACUUGCGGAUAAGGAGAGGGUUGCUGCUGCUUUAGAAAACUCUCAUCUGAUUAGAGUAAUCAAUGAAUGUCUUGCAGGAGCCUUCACUGAUCCAAAAUUAUGAAACAGUGUUGGCAGCAUGUUAACAGGUCUUUAUUCUGCAUUAAUUUAAGUCAGUGGGGUAAAUAAUAAAAAAAUGUACAUAUUUGAAAA